UCUUUAUGCACAUCUGUUUCUAGACAUAAAGAAGAAAAGUAUAUUUGUUCAUGAGUCUACAGAAAAGAAAAACAGAAAAGUGAAACCAUGAUUGAUUUCCUCAAGACUGCAGUGGACAAGGCACUAGAGAGUGAUAAUGGACACCUGGAUCUUUUUCUUCGAUUCCUCUAUGGUUUGUCACUCCAGUCCAAUCAGAGACUCUUACAGGGUCUGUUGACGCAGGAAGAAGACAAUGAGCAGAGCAAAAAGGAAAUGGUUCAGUACAUCAAGCAGAAAUUAGAAUCUAAUCUGUCUCCAGAGAGAUCCAUCAAUCUGUUCUACUGUCUGAAUGAACUGAACGACCAAACUCUGGUGAAAGACAUUCAGACCCACCUUAGCAAAGGAAGUCUCUCAUCUGUUGAUCUUUCACCGGCCCAGUGGUCUGCUUUGGUCUUUGUGUUGUUGACAUCAGAGGAGGAGCUGGAGGAGUUUGAGCUUCAGAAAUUCAAGAAAUCAGACGAGUGUCUCAUUAGAUUAUCAGCAGUCAUCAAAACCUCCAAAAGAGCUCUGUUAAAUGAUUGUGGCUUAACAGACAAAAGCUGUCCAGCUCUGGUUACAGUUCUUGGAUCAGAUACCAAUCUGAAAGAGCUGAACAUGAAUAAUAAUAAUCUGCAGGAUUCAGGAGUGGAGCUCCUCUGCACUGGCCUGAAGAAUAUUAAUUGCAAAUUAGAGAUACUGAGGUUAAACUGCAUCAGUAUUACAGAUGAAGGUUGUGCUGCUCUGGCAUCAGCGUUUAAUUCAAACCUCAGAGAGCUGGAUCUGAGCAGGAAUCAAAUAGGAGACUCUGGAGUGACAGAAAUCUCCAGUCUGCUGAGAAAUUCAAAGACACUACAGAUACUCAGGGUCUGAAUUUGGUUAAUCUAAACAUGAAUCAAUGUAAAGCUCCAGCUGGUCUGUAAACUGAUGCUAUGUCACAAGGAAUGGGUCAGUGAUGUGAAAUUGAUAUGUUGGUGUAGAUACAUUUAUAAAAUAUUGACAAACAGAUUGAUUUUUGAGGUGAUGGAAAAUGUUCUUAAUAG